AAAUAAAAGUUUCAAUUAAUAGUGUUCGAUUAUUUUGCCAUACAAUCCCACAAAAUUGGGGGCUCGUCCGGGAUUGGCAAAAAUAACGACACGGGUUCGAGUUUGAAGACGACGGACGACGGAGACCGGCGGCGGCGCGUGGUGUGGUGCGCGCGGCGGAUAUUAUUCAAAAACUCAACGUACGACGGCAUCGGCAACUAAAACAUGACGAAAGACGAAUCACGUUCGGGCCAAAGCUCGAUGUUGUAUCUCACGACGGAUCUGAUACCUAAAUUCACCGGUCAAGAUAAAACUUAUCCAGUUACGCGAUGGAUUCAAGACGUGGAAGAAAAUGGAGAAAUAUGUGGUUGGACACCGUUACAACAGCUGCUGAUGGCACGGAGGUCCCUAUCAGGCACCGCACAGCUAUGGAUGGAAGCUGAACGCCCUCACAAAUCAUGGGAAGAACUUAAAGCGGCCCUGAGUAAAGAAUUCCCUGACACAGUCGACGUGAAAGCAAUCCACGAGCUUAUGAGCCAGCGGAAGAAAAGACGUGACGAGAGUUGUAUCGACUAUAUGAUGGUCAUGAAGGCGUUAGGGAAAAGAGGAAAGAUUCCCGAUUACGUGGCCAUUAAAUACAUCGUUGAUGGCAUAGUGGACCAUGAAACCAAUAAAAUCGUGCUUUACGGUGUUACGUCGUAUCCUGAACUUAAAGAGAAGUUUAAAAUCUACGAGACGAUUAAGGAAAAGAUGAAACUGGAACAUUCUAGAAGUACCUACAGAAACGAAAAACGCGGCAACGUACGGCAUGAGAAAACGUCGAAAAGAUGUUAUAACUGUGGUGAAGGCGAUCAUGUGUCGGAAGAUUGUCCGCAGAAGGCACAAGGUCCAAAGUGCUUUAACUGCAACGAAUAUGGCCAUAUUUCAUCGAAAUGUCCGCAUAAAAAUAACAAGGAGGUAGGCGGCCGCAAGGAAGAUUCGAGUUCAUCAAAAUGGUGGCGUAGUUCCGGCACUUCCGGGGAUAGAAAAGGACACAACAACGAAGCAUCGACAAGUGGGAGCGGGAGCGGUGAACGAGUGAGCAAACAAGCAAUGUUCGGUCAAUCAUCGUUCAACGCGGAUGAUACGUCACACUUACAUAAUGACAUUGACAAGAUGACAGAUGACAGGAGUAGCAAAUGUCAAAGUCAAACCGAGUAUGACAUCUACGACGUAAACAAACAAUCACAACGGGAAAAACCUUUGAAGAUC